AGCUGUAGUUUGCGCUCCCUCCUCCCGACUACAAGCUCCACAGAGCCGCUGGAGGACGGUUGCUUGGUAUUAUUAGCAAGCGGGAAGUAUGGCGGUGGCGCGCGUCGACGCAGCUUUGCCUCCUGGAGAUGGGUCAGUGGUCAAUUGGUCAGGACAGGGGCUACAGAAAUUAAGUCCAAACUUACCUUGUGAAGCUGAUAUUCAUACUUUGAUUCUGGAUAAAAAUCAGAUUAUUAAAUUGGAAAAUCUUGAGAAAUGCAGACGAUUAAUACAGUUGUCAGUGGCGAAUAAUCGGCUGGUGCGGAUGAUGGGUGUGGCCAAGCUCACCCAGCUCCGGGUGCUGAAUUUGCCUCACAAUAGCAUUGGCUACGUGGAGGGGCUGAAGGAGCUCGUGCAUUUGGAGUGGCUCAAUUUGGCAGGAAAUAAUCUCAAGGCCAUGGAACAGAUCAAUAGCUGCGCAGCUCUACAGCACCUUGAUUUAUCGGACAAUAGCAUACCCCAAAUAGGUGACCUGUCUAAACUGCUAUCACUGAAGACCCUGCUUUUACAUGGGAACAUCAUCACCUCUCUGAGAAUGGCACCUGCUUAUCUACCCAGGAGUCUGGCUAUACUUUCUUUGGCGGAAAAUGAAGUUCGGGACUUAAAUGAGAUCUCUUUUUUGGCAUCCUUAACUGAAUUGGAACAGUUGUCGAUCAUGAACAAUCCUUGUGUGAUGGCAACGCCUUCCAUUCCAGGGUUUGACUAUCGGCCGUACAUCGUCAGCUGGUGCUUGAACCUCAGAGUCCUAGAUGGAUAUGUGAUCUCUCAGAAGGAAAGUUUGAAAGCUGAAUGGCUCUAUAGUCAAGGCAAGGGGAGAGCAUAUCGGCCUGGUCAGCAUAUCCAGCUUGUCCAGUAUCUGGCUACAGUCUGUCCUCUCACUUCUACACUGGGUCUUCAAACCGCAGAGGAUGCUAAACUAGAGAAGAUUCUGAGCAAGCAGAGGUUUCACCAGAGGCAGUUGAUGAACCAAAGCCAAAAUGAAGAGUUGUCUCCUCUUGCUCCUGUUGAAACCAGGGCACCCCUUGUACCUGAGCAUUCCAGCCCUGUUCAAGACUGUCAGAUCGUCCAGGAAAGUGAACCUGUCAUCCAAGUCAAUUCUUGGGUUGGGAUAAGCAGUGAUGAUGAUCAGUUAUAUGGUGUUAAGAGUAACUUUCCAGCCUCUGUUCACACGGCAAGAUACUCUCGAAAUGACCUGCGCCUGGAGGACAUACAGACCGAUGAGGACAAGCUGAGCUGUAGUCUUCUCUCUUCAGAGUCUACUUUCAUGCCAGUUGCAUCAGGACUGUCUCCAGUUUCACCUACAGUUGAGCUGAGGCUACAAGGCAUUAACCUGGGCCUAGAAGAUGAUGGUGUUGCAGAUGAGUCUGUGAAAGGGCUGGGAAACCAGGACUUUGACAAGGAAGAGGAAAAGGCUUUUUGGGCUGCAAAGGAGAAUUCUGUUCAAGCGAUGAAGAGUCCGAUCAGUACAGAGGUAAAUGAGAAAGAUGGGCCAUUACCAUGUCCUGAGCCAACAGUAACCAGUGCUGUCUUGAAGGAUGACACCCACAGUCUUACAUCUUCUCCUGAGUCAGUUGGACACAAUGUCUUCCAUACACAGCCAGACGGUGAAGAAAUCAUGUCUCAAACAGCUUCAGAGAAACUUCCCUGCAGAGUUUUAACCCAGAGAUGUGUUGCUUUGGGACAAGAUAAAGUUGCCCUUCAGAAAUUGAAUGAAGCAGCCACUAAGCUUCAGGCCUGUUGGCGAGGCUUUUAUGCCAGGAAUUACAACCCUCAAGCUAAAGAUGUGCGUUAUGAAAUCCGGCUACGCAGAAUGCAGGAGCACAUUGUCUGCCUAACUGAUGAAAUAAGGAGAUUAAGAAAAGAAAGAGAUGAAGAACGUAUUAAAAAAUUUGUACAAGAAGAGGCUGUCAGAUUCCUUUGGAACCAGGUAAGGUCUCUACAAGCUUGGCAGCAGAUGGUGGACCAGCGUCUGAGUUCCUGGCGUUCUGACGUUCCUCCUUUAUCAAGUACUCUAGUGCCAUCUAAACCUCCAUCAUUCACCCAAAGUCAGGAGUCUUCCUCUGAUCACAAUUCUGAUUGGUUCAUUGCUCCUGAUGAAGCACCUCAAGAGAAAUCCUUACGGGAAUUUCCAGACUCUGGUUUUCAUUCCUCCCUAACAGAACAAAUUCACUGUUUGCAGGAUUCCUUGGAUUUUGAAAAAAGUUCCACAGAAGACAGUGAAAGUUCCAUAAUGGGGAAUUCUGUUGACACAGUCAAAUAUGGCAAAGAGUCAGAUGUAGGGGAUGUUAGCGAAGAACACGGUGAAUGGAGUAAGGAAAGCUCAAAUGAUGAGCAGGAUAAGAGUCUGCUUGAACAGUAUUUAACUUCAGUUCAACAGCUAGAAGAUGCUGAUGAGAGGACAAAUUUUGAUGAAGGGACAGGAGAUAGUAAGCUUUACAUAGCUUGUUCCCCUGAAAAGUUAGAUGUCUUGUCUGAUAUUGCUUCUGUAGAUGAUGCUCAUGGUUUAUCUCCUGCUUUGCAAGCUGAAAUCAGUCAGACACCAGAGAAUUGUAAAUUAAACGCAGAAGUGCAGGGGCAGCAGUCAGAAUGUGAGUCUACGUUUCACGUGUUGCAUGUUGGUGUUAUUGUGUAACAUAUCUGGUUGCUUGGGAAGCAGAAAUCCACUGGACUUAAGAAUAUUUUCAGUUGCCUUUUUUUGUUUGAAGGGAAAUAUUCCCCACAGUUUUUUUACUAUGUAUAUAGAGUUUGUAUUCUUAUCUUGUAUUUUCCAUAUUCUAGGUACUGGGCUGGAUCUUCAUUUUGAUUUUGUUAGCUUUUUACUUAACUGUAUGGUAGCAAACGAUAUUUAUAUUGAAAGCUCUGUGCACUUUAUUUCUUAACAACUGAAUUGCAUCAACAGUGUUCCUGUUUUUUUAUGUACUCAUUUCCUUUCAAAAGUUAACUAGAAUAUCUUAAAGAAGAUAGAAAAAUUUACCUUAAAGAUAUAAAUAAAAGAAUUUUGAUUCUUCUGUAUAUGAGGAAAUUAAUUAUGUAGUAAGGAAUGCAAUUUGUUAAAGUAAAUAUAAAAGAGAAAUAUGAGGACUGUGAACUAUUGAAAUUUGCCAUCCUCCUUGUCGUAAGAACAUGUUUUUAAAGACUUUUGAGUUAAGGAAAGCCUUCUUAUAAGCAAAAAGGGAGAAAAGAUAAAAUUAUAGGAUUUUUCAGUGGCGAUGAUUAAAGUGUUUCAUGGAAAUCUUUAAUGUCAUGCAUCAGUUUUAACAUAUGAAGCAAAGUAUUCCAUCCAGAAUCAAAAAUCAAGCUUAUUUAAAGAGGCUACACAGGAAUAUUUCUCUUCAAUAUAAAGAAAGCAGCGCUAGGCUCCAUUCCUGUGGAAUGAUGUCACAACAUUUAUCAUCUUUUCAUUUUGUGCUUUUUUUACACCACAGAUAAGCAUUUAUGUGCCAACACAUUGCCUGAAAUUAAUGUAUAUUCAUCUUCUCUGUUCCUGCUUUGUAUUUUCUUAAGUGUUUCAGCAGAAGGUCUAUGGUCAUUUUCUUCACUUUUUGACCUCUGCCUCAUAGUGAAGAACAUCUAAAAUAAUACUAUUGGUAGGAUAUGAAUGACUUUUUUUUUUAAAUGACUAUUUUCUAUCUAAAUCUCUGAAAAAAUGCCACAUUUGGAAGACAAUUUAAUGGUGGUUAAGAAAAAAAAAACCUUACUUAUUUGUUUACUUGUUAAAAAAAUAUAUAUCUAUAAUUUCAGGAAGAAAUGAUAAUACUGUGUUUGAAUGUUAUAGAUGGAUGCAUUCUCAAAUCAAGGAUAAUUUUUGGAAGCUUGAUAUUUUAUUCUUUGAGAAUGUUCUAAUAUCAUUGAACAAUGCAUAUCUGAUUUCCCCCAAUCUAUGGACAUACAACUGUUUAAAACUAUGGCAAUACUUAAGUGUCAUCUAAAUUUAGGUGCUAAAUAUCUAUUCAUUAUUCUGUUAUUCACCAGGUCCCCUUCUUUGAAGUUAUAUAAAAUUAAAACUUUUGAUCUUUCAAGAAUAAAGUCAGGGAUCACAUCACACUUUGUCGUUAGCAGAAAUGUAUCUUUGUUGUGGGUAAGAUGUGUUUUUCUCAGUUUGUGAAUAUGUGGCCCUCAGGUUGGAGGACUUGGAUUUCACUCUUAGAAAUCCAGACUCUCUUGAAAAGGAUUUAGUUUUUGUCUUAUGAAUGAAACAGGAGUCUUAUGUUCAAAAGGAUUUUCCCUAGUGAAGCCUAUGUAAUGUUGAAUGCAUGUUAAAUAAAAGUAGAAUUUUUUACGUUUUAAAUAAUGCUAGUUAUCUUUUAUGAGUGAUUUUGAAUUUCUUCUUAAGUAUACCCUAUUUUUCUAUUUUACGGUGAAGUGCCUCGUUUGCUGCCCAUAGUUAGACAAAGGAAAACCGCCUUGCACCGCACUCUUACCGAAGUGCUGCUCCUGGUGCAUGACUUUCUCCUCAAAGCUGGAAGGUCCCGCUGCAGUAUUACCUAGGCAGGUUUCUGACGACAUCUUCUCCCUCUUCUCUUUUUUUAAGAAAUGACAAAACACAACUAAGUUCCCUUGAACAUCAACAUUUGUCAGCAAGAUUUCCUUUUUUACCUUUGCCUUAUUUUUUUAGCCCACAAAUAAGUAUUCAGCACACUUUUAUUUUUAAUUGGCAGAAUAUGAUAAUGAUUAAUAUUCUGCUCUUCAUUCUAUUUAACUUUACUAGUGUUUUGAAGUACAAGAAUAUCAAGUAGCCCCCUACCUUAACUGUACAGAUUAUCUUGAAUGUAGAUAGAAUGAAAAUAAUGUAAAUUAUAAUGCAGGAAAACUGGCAUCGACUUAAUAUAUUUUAAUAGGUUUACAGUGUAAUUUAAAAUAAUUUAUGUAACUAAGAUAUUUGGUUUUAACUCCAUGGGCUCUUCAUUGGCCUGGCUAAGGAGGGAAUGGGUUCAGUAAGGUUUAGGAAAUCGAACAUUAAGAUGAUCUUUGUGUUUCCUCUAACCAGAGAGGUUUAGUUCAGCUGUGCUGUUUUAGUUCCUAUCAGUUCUCUUGAUUUAUGGAAAAUUCAAUAUAUCAAUUAGAUAUUCUUGCCGAAGCACAGAAUCAUGCCAUGUGAGAAUUGGAGCGGGACCUUAGAGAUGAUCUAUUCUAAUCUCUUUGUUUUAAAGAUGAAACUAAGGCACAGAGAAGUUAGAUGACUUGUCUGAUGUUUUAGCUAGUUAGUAGUAAGUAAACUGAAAACGUAAAAGUUACUGUAUUCCAAAAUCUUAAUAUACGCUCUCUCUAAACCUUUACGUUUACUGAGUCAGUAAGAAAGUCUCUGCAUAUUUUUCAUUCUUUUUGAAACGGAAAAAAGCUUCUAUAAGAGCUAGAACUCUAGCAGUCAAGGCAAAGUUUCUUGUAGAAAUCAACUAAAUCAUUCAGAACCCUGAGUGAAUUUUCUCCAAGAAAUGUGAUUUGAUUAAAAUGGUUUCUAAGAGCGAUAGUAGAAAUUAAAAUUUUAAAAGAAUAACUACAUCUGGAGUCCAUUUAUUUGGUGAUAUGAAGGUUGCAGAGGUAUAUAAAACUUUCUAGUGAAAUGCUGAGUUUGAUUGUGUUUCAUCUUGGUGUUGCAGAACAACAGAUGUUAACGUUUUAAGUCCCGUGGUGUGCAGAAAGCUCCAAUCAUGACACCUGAUACAUACAUCAUAUAGUUUGGUUUUAUAAGUUUAAUUAUAAAAGGCCUCAAAAUAUGCAUGUUUAUGAAAAUAGUUAUUUAAGCACACAUUUGUUUGCACAUAGGCAAAUAACUUUAUUCUUGAAUAACAUAGGUGCCAUUCUUGAGUGUGGAUUUUUAUUUCAUUUUGGAUUAUUUUAAAUAUGCAAACACCUUAAUAGUGUGUUUUCCUGUUACCUACUUAGGAUAAGUCUAGUUCCUCUUUUUAUAAGUAUUUUCAGAAACAAGAUGGGCUUAAUUAUAUUAUCUCCCUUGGUACUUUUUUUGGUGCAGAUUCUUAGAAUUGGAUUUAUAACAAUAAUAUAAAAGAUAAAAUCUUUUUUUUCUGGAGAAUUAAGACAUAGUAAAAAGGGAGCAUAUAAAGUGAGUCCGAUCAUUUCCCCAUUCAUAAAUGAAAAGAAAGAGACUUCAUUGUUUAAUGUAUAUUUUUAUUUUGUCAUGUACCUUAUUAAGGGAUAUUUAUUAUAUUGUAAUGUUUUAACUUUUAAACAUAUGACCCCCUCUUUCAUGAAGUAAAGCAGAGAGGGUCUGUAAGGAACAUGCUAAACAUUUUCAGUGAUAUUGUUUUCGCUGAUCAAACCUAUUGUGCCAUAUUAAAAUUAAAAGUCAAGUAAACCAAGUAGUCCUCACAGCCUUGGACAGAGACAAAUAAUUGUCUUUUUAAAUGAGGUGCUUUUUAUUUGUGAAUGAGUAGAAAUACUAAAUUUUAAUUCCUUAAUUGAUUUUAGUGGAUAGCAGGAAUCACUCUGUCGUGGGUUUGUUCAUUUUCUAAUUAAAUUUCUUUGAGUGUUUUGUAAUAAUUUUAAUGUUAAACAUAAGAGUUAGAAUGAUUUGAUUUUGGACCAUUUUUAGAUUUGUCUUUAAUUUUGUUGUAAAAAUAGUGGAUUGGUUAAAGUGGUUAUGGUUUGUUUUCUGAAGGCUUACUAUUUUAUAUUGUACUUAUUUAAUUUGUAUUUCAGUCUAAUUCUAAAUAAAAAGUUUGUACAUUUG